AUGCCCUUGCGGGCGUACGUGGGCAUGCUGGCACGCGGAGCCAGGCCUGGCGCGUACACGUUUCCGCCGUUGCUCAAGGCGGUGGUGGCAGAGCGGGGCGCCGUGGCGUCGGCCGCCGGAGACUCUGUCCACGCGCAUGUGGUUAAGUUUGGGCUGCAGCUCAACGCCCACGUGGCGAGCUCGCUGGUCCUCAUGUACGCGGCCAGGGGCGACGGCGUGACGGCGCGCGCACUGCUGGAUGUGCAGCCCGCCAGAGGUGGCGGCACGCCCGUCAUGUGGAAUGCGCUUAUGUCCGUACACAAGAGAAGCAGGCAGUUCAGGCUGUCAUGCUGCUCUUUCCUGGAUAUGGUGAGGGCUGGCAUUGUGGCCACGCCGGUCACCUACAUCACGGUGCUGUCAGCAUGCGGCCAAGGCAACGACGUCCUGCUCGGAAUGCAGCUGCACAAGCGCGUCAUUGAGAGUGGGGUGUUGCCUGACCUCAAGGUGGAGAAUGCGCUCGUUGAUAUGUAUGCCGAGUGUGGAGAGAUGGAAGCAGCUUGGGAUUUGUUUGACAGCAUGCAGGUGAGGAACAUUGUGUCGUGGACAUCGGUGAUCUAUGGGUGUGUAAGACUAGGCCAGGUUGAUCGAGCCAGAGUACUGUUUGAUCGUAUGCCUGAGAGGGACACCGUCUCAUGGACUGCAAUGAUUGAUGGUUAUGUACAAGCUGGCCAGUUCCGAGAGGCAUUGGAGAUGUUUCGUGAGAUGCAACUUAGCAAGGUGAGGGCAGAUGAGUUCACCAUGGUCAGCAUAGUCACGGCAUGCGCGCAGCUUGGUGCUUUAGAGACAGGGGAGUGGGCUAGAAUUUACAUGAACAGACAUGGGAUCAAGAUGGAUACUUUUGUUGGGAAUGCGCUCAUAGACAUGUAUUCAAAGUGUGGGAGCAUCGAGAGGGCAAUGGACGUGUUCAAUGAGAUGCACAGUAGAGAUAAGUUUACUUGGACCGCUAUUAUACUUGGUCUUGCAGUGAAUGGCCAUGGUGAGGAGGCUAUCAAUAUGUUUGACAGGAUGCUUAGGGCGUUUGAAGCUCCAGACGAGGUGACCUUCAUUGGCGUUCUCACUGCCUGUACUCAUGCUGGCUUGGUUGACAAAGGACGAGACUUCUUUCUCAGCAUGACUGUGACCUACAGGAUUGCUCCUAAUGUGAUGCAUUAUGGAUGCAUGAUCGACCUCCUUGGGCGAGCUGGGAAACUAAGAGAAGCAUUGGAGACAAUAGGUAAAAUGCCCAUGAAACCCAGCUCUGCAAUCUGGGGGACCCUGCUGGCAGCUUGUAGGGUCCAUGGUAACUCAGAGAUAGGUGAAUUGGCAGCAGAACGUCUCCUUGAGUUGGAUCCAGAGAACAGUAUGGCCUACGUCCUUUUGUCCAAUCUGUAUGCAAAAUCUAAUAGAUGGGGAGAUGUCCGGUGGCUUAGGCAGGUAAUGAUGGAGAAAGGAAUCAAGAAAGAGCCUGGUUGCAGUCUUAUUGAAAUGAAUGGCACAAUUCACGAAUUUGUAGCUGGCGAUAGAUCUCAUCCUAUGAGCGAAGAAAUCUAUUCUAAAUUGGACAAGGUACUCACGGAUUUGAAGAAUGAUGGAUAUGUACCUGAUGUAACCGAGGUCUUUGUUCAAGUCACAGAAGAAGAAAAACAAAAAGUUCUUUAUUGGCACAGCGAAAAGUUGGCUGUCGCUUUUGCAUUACUCGUAUCAGAAUCCAGUGUGACAAUAAGGAUCGUGAAAAACUUGAGGAUGUGUUUAGACUGCCACAAUGCAAUUAAAUUGAUCACCAAGUUAUAUAUGAGAGAGAUUGUUGUGAGGGACAGGACACGCUUCCAUCAUUUUAGACAUGGACUCUGUUCUUGUAAGGACUAUUGGUAA